UGCAUACUUUAUUAACUCCCACUUGCACAAAGGACUCAUGCAUUUUCCACGUAGCGAAAAAUUUCAUUGCAGACUUUUUUUGCACCACUAGUGUAAUGAAAUUACGAUUCUUUUUUACAUUUUGGGAAAGGAUGUUUUCAGAAAUUUUGGGAGUCAAUAGCAAUACCAAGGACUAAUAUGGGGAUAACACAAUUUUAAGAAUCAAUUAUUAUUUUUCUGUCCUUGAAAGGCAAAGUAGGACAGUUGAGUGUUAAAGUUGUCGAUGAAACUGUUGGAAAGAAAAAAACAUCAGUGUCUUGAGUAACUGGCAAUCCAUCCGUGUAAAACGUGGUUGGAUUUGGGUCACUAAUUAUUGUACGGAGUACUAUGAGGUAGCAUUUUAGGUUGAAGCAGAGACGUGAUUUAAGUGUUGAAUGGUGUGGAACAUAGAAGCACGUUGGCGUGAACACGAUGAUGAGGUCAAAGAUAGUGUUGUUUGGAGACUCCAUAACGGAGCAAUCGAUCCGAGAGAAUGGAUGGGGUGUUCCUCUUGCCAAUGCCUAUUCUCGCAGGGCUGAUAUACUUGUUCGUGGUUAUGGUGGAUACAACACUAAGUGGGCUAUGUUCUUACUGGACCAUCUCUUCCCUCUGUUGUAUGGAUGGCUUCAUUUCCAGGACUCAACUAAACCACCUAUUGCUACCACAAUUUUCUUCGGCGCUAAUGAUGCAGCUUUGUUAGGAAGAACCAGUGAAAGGCAACAUGUACCUAUUGAAGAAUUCAAAGAGAACCUCAGAAAAUUUGUUCGACACUUAAAGGAAUGCUCACCAACUAUGGUAAUUGUGCUUAUUACUCCACCUCCACUUAGCGAGGAAGGACGCCUGGCUUACGCAAGAUCCGUAAAUGGUGAGAAUGCUACCAAAAUACCUGAAAGAACAAAUGAAGUAACUGGUCAAUAUGCAAACGCCUGUGUUGAGGUAGCAAAGGAAAUGGGCGUGUGGUAUAUCAAUCUAUGGUCCAAAAUGCAAGAAACGGAUGGCUGGCAAACAAAAUUUUUGAGGGAUGGGUUGCACCUGACAACAGAAGGAAAUGCAGUAGUCUACGAAGAAUUGAUAAAGGUGUUCGAUGAAGCAGGACUUUCUGCUGUUAACAUGCCAAUGGAUUUCCCUCACCACUCAAAAAUUGAUUCCAAACAUCCAGAGAGAGCUUUCCAGCAGCAUGUGUGAUAUCCCAUUGUAACUGAUACAGGGGAUCAAUCACUGCAAACCAAUAUAAGGACAGCAACACAAACUCAAGCAACAACACAGACUCAAGCUACCACAAUGGCAGCAACUCAGACUCAAGAGCAGGAUGAAUAUACAGAGACUACAACAGAGCAGAGGGUGCAAUUAGUAGCUAGGCCCAAGAGAGCAGUCAUCAAACCAUCUUACCUGAAAGACUACGUCUGAGGGUGAGAUGGGAAUUUAGCUUUGUAAUUUUAGCUUUGUAAUUUUCCUUGCUUGAUGCUUGUCUGGUAGUGGGAGACAAGCCGAACUUUGAUUCCCUUAUUUCCCUUGCAAGCAAAAUAUCCCAAUUCUGUUAGAGACACUUAGUACAAAUAGCUAUGUGAAUAAAUCAAGCAAGGCAUGAAUGAGAAUUAGCUUUCCUUGAGUUCUUUUAUUCUUUGAUUGGAGGCCCUGGUUCCUCGAAAACCAGUUUUACUUAUCCUUGCAAA